AUGACAACAAGUGCGGAACAACAGAAUGGUUCUGUUGGGACUACAGCUGCAAUGGCAAUUACGUCUUCAAGUCGCAAAACUCCUGCACUGGCGAUGGCACCGGCAGAAAAACCCGGAAAGUUUUUCGGUGUAGACUUUAAGCGUUGGCAGCAGAAAAUAUUCUUCUACAUGACCACACUCAGUUUACAGCGCUUUAUCAACGAAGAUGUUCCAGUUCUGAGAGAAGAAACUCCUAAAAAUGAGCGAUUUGUAGUCACUGAGGCAUGGAAGCAUUCUGACUUCUUAUGCAAAAACUAUAUUUUAAGUUGCUUGAAUGACGACUUGUACAAUGUUUAUAGCGUCAUGAAAACAUCAAGAGAAUUGUGGAAUGCUCUUGAAAAGAAGUACAAGACUGAAGAUGGUGGACUAAAGAAGUUUGCGGCCGCUAAAUUUCUGGAUUUCAAAAUGAUUGACGGUAUGGUCAUAAAUGAAGCGUUUCAAGUUGCGGCAUUUAUUGAAAAGCUACCUCAGCUGUGGAAGGACUUUAAGAAUUAUUUGAAAUAUAAGUGCAAGGAGAUGACGCUUGAAGACCUUAUUGUUCGUCUACGGAUUGAAGAGGACAUCAAGGCUGCUGAGAAGAAGUCUCGUGGAAAUUCAACAAUUAUGGAUGCAAAUAUUAUUGAGGAAGCUUCAACGAGCAAAAAGAGAAAGAAGUCGUCUGGUCCAAAGAAUUACCCAAGCAAAAAUAAGUUCAAAGGUAAUUGCCACAACUGUGGAAAGAUUGGACAAAAGGCUACUGAAUGUCGUGCACCAAAGAAGGACAAAAAGAAAAGUCAAGCAAACAUGAUUGAGAAAAAUGAUGAAAUAGACGAUUUAUGUGCCAUGCUUUCGGAGUGCAACCUAGUCGGAAAUCCUAGAGAAUGGUGA